AUGCCCUCUCAACCCCCGCUUCCGCCCCUCCUCACGCCGUAUCUAUCAAGCCAGCCGGAGUCCUCACUCACACUAGUCUCCUCUAUACUGGGCGCAACAUCAAAUUGGCUAGUACUGAGGUUUCUUCACGCAUCAUUGAGCGCUUCAUCAAACUCCAAUGCUUCAUUUGGACUGGAAGAGUCGCAUAAUGGCUCCAAGAAGAAGGUCGUGCUUGUGAGCUUUUUGCGCAGUUGGGAGUUCUGGAGAGCAGAAGCCAAGCGAUUGGGCCUUGAUCUUGCUCGCCUGGCAGGUCAAAAACAAUUUGCAUUCGUGGACGGUUUAUCAGAGCUGUUCUGUGCUCCACAGGCAGAAACUGCAGCAACAAUUGCUCCUCCCAACGCAGGCAGUCCAGCACGCACAACUCUCCCUCUUCGGCCUCAACCUGGUGCUGUGCCUGGGAGAGGACCAUCAUCAGUGGCACCAGUACCGAAUAACAGCUAUGCAGCUCGCAGCCAGUCUGAGCUAGGCAUUGCGAAGAAACUCCAUUUCUCUGGACGCGGCAUUGGCGCCCUCGAUGCACUGGAGAGGGACAUUGCACUGGUGAUUCAACAGCAAAGGAGCACUAUGGACGAUAGCGACGAGUUACUGCUUAUCAUCGACCAACCGGACUUCCUACUCGCCGCUACGGGCCCAGUUAUGGGGAUUGGAGCUACAGAAAUGGCGGAGUGGCUGUCCGCUCUACAGCAGAAUGUGCACGCAACAAUCGUCACUUUGGCCGCCGAUUCCCCAUUGAUCCAUAAUGCAUCCACAAGUGGGAAUCAGAUGGCUGCGCCAGUGGAAUCGGAGCAUGCAGCAUUCGCUAUCAGUUUGGCGCAUCGGGCAAGGUCGGUCAUGCAGCUCCGGACUUUGGAAACCGGAGCGGCAAGAGACGUGAGUGGUGUGCUCAGAAUCAGCCGAGGUGGCGGAGCAGACGAUUCUCUGGACGAGAGGGAAUUGCUGUACUAUAUCCAGCGGGAUGGCGGAGUGACGGUAUUUGGGCGCGGAGAAUCGUAG